GCGGCGGCGCUCUCCCGCGUCACAGCGCCGGGCGGCGGCGGGGAGAUGCGGCUCCUGGCGCUGGCGGCGGCAUUGCUGCUGGCUCGGGCUCCGGCCCCGGAGGUCUGCGGGGCUCUCAAUGUCACCGUGUCCCCAGGGCCUGUGGUUGACUACCUGGAGGGGGAAAAUGCCACUCUCCUCUGCCAUGUCUCCCAGAAGAGGCGCAAGGACAGCUUGCUGGCCGUGCGCUGGUUCUUUGCACGUGCUGACUCCCAGGAGGCCUUGAUGGUCAAGAUGACCAAGCUCCGAGUGGUGCAGUACUACGGGAACUUCAGUCGCAGUGCCAACAGGCAGAGGCUGCGCCUGCUUGAGGAGAGGCGGGGGACGCUCUACAGGCUCUCAGUCUUGACCCUUCGGCCAGCAGAUCAAGGGCAUUAUGUCUGCAAAGUCCAGGAAAUCAGCAAGCACAGGAAUAAAUGGACAGCCUGGUCCAAUGGCUCCUCUGCAACAGAAAUGAGAGUGAUUUCCCUCAAAGCUUCUGAUGAUUCAUCUUUUGAGAAAAAGAAAAAAACCUGGGCAUUUUUUGAAGAUCUCUAUGUGUAUGCCGUCCUUGUGUGCUGUGUGGGGAUCCUCAGCGUUCUUCUCUUCAGUCUGGUCAUAGUCUGGCAGUCUGUGUUCCACAAGAGGAAAUCCAGAGUGAGACAUUAUUUGGUGAAAUGUCCUCAGAACAGUUCAGGGGAGACUGUCACCAGCGUUACCAGCUUGGCCCCGCUGCAGCCCAAGAAGGGCAAGAGGAGGAAGGAGAAGGCAGAUAUUCCUCCUGCAGUUCCUGCCAAAGCUCCAAUAGCUGCCACCUUCCACAAACCAAAGCUGCUGAAACCACAGAGGAAAGUCACCCUGCCAAAGAUUGCUGAGGAGAACUUGACCUAUGCUGAGCUGGAGCUGAUCAAACCCCACCAGCCUGCCAAAGGUGUCCCCACCAGCACCGUGUAUGCGCAGAUCCUCUUUGAAGAGAACAAGCUGUAGCACCACCAUUUCCUCUCCUGUGAUUCUGUGUCAUCCCCGCCACCCAGUUAUUUAUAAAACUCAGAAACAAAGUCCCUAUUUUUAUAUUUCUGCUUGUGCCUUUCAUGUGAUGGGGAGUCCCUUCCCAACACAUUCCAGGUGCCUUCGAAGGUACAAGGCUGCUCUUCCUGCAGAAAUAGGGGCUGCAGCCUUUGGAUGAAUCUCCCAAAAUAAGCCGCUCUGGGGCCUGAGCCCUGGGGCAAAGGACUCUGCUUCUGAGAGUAACUCAGGAGACUGCUGAGCCAACCCCAACACCCUUUCUCUUCUUUCCCUGGAUUUUAAUUUGUUAAAGUCUUUUUUAAAAUCUUAACUCUAAUUCGCCACCCUUCCUGUAACUGUGAUAUUGAGCUCCUGGUUUAUAGCUACAGGAAAUGCUAUUAUAGGCCAAAGUGUAAGAUGGUAGACAUGUAGUAAUUGGCUUUUCAAGACUCAGAUAACAUUGCCAGGGCACCCAGAGCACAGCAAACCACCCGUGCAAGCAGCCACUUAGGAUGGCAUCCAUUGUUUUAAAUAGAUGCGGUGAUCCUGGUGGUUUAAGGGCAGAAGGGCUGAUUUGGGGGAAGCCUGAGGUUUGUCUUUGAAAACUCUGGUACCUGUGUUUCCGCUUGUGAUUCUCUGAGGUUGCAGGUCAAGGACACCAUUCUGAAAGGCUGCCCACCCUCAGCAGAGUGAACCUAGACUGACGCAGAAACGUUGCUCACCCAUUUCCAAAGAACCAAGUUUGCCAACAAUGGACACACUGGAGCAGUGGGCCUCUUCAAAGUGUGCUGGGUCAACUCACUCACUGAAUGCCCGCUCAUGGGAAAGCAAGUCUUCCACCAGGUUCCCUCAGGGUAGGGGAGUAAGGAAUAGAAGCCAUGAUGAAAACCUAUGUCAUGAAGACCCUGUGCUUGCCAACUGCCUUGCCCAUCUCAACCUUAGACAUGAAUUGUAGUAGGCUUGGGUGGGCAUCAUGGAUGUGUGGAACAUAAAUCCAUGAAGUUGCUCUGUGAACCUGCAUGAUGUACAAGAAUCUUGGACUCACUGAAGGUGAAUUCAUUUAGGAGAAGUCAUCCUGUUGCUGUGUUUUAAGGAUGUUUCUUGAUACGUGAGUGUACUCUGGGUGGCUAUUUACUGCACACUAUAGAAAUCGACUUUGUAAUGGACCAUGUAUAUAUGAUAAAUUAUCUAUUUUAAACACAUUUGGGGUGUGAAUUGUGCCUCUUCAUAUCACUGUGUGACUUUGGUUGAGUUUCUUAUCCCCUAAUAGCCUCAGACUCUAGGUGUAUGUAAAGGGGAAUUAACCUCUUGUAGAAUUCUUGGGGGUAAAAUGGGAUAAUAAGUGUUGCCAGUUUCUGGAAGCUAUAAAUUGCUACACAAAUGAUCUUUUUUGACAUUUAUAUUAAAACCAAUCUGCAUUUCCAAAGUAAAAAUUUCUAAGGCUUUCAUUGCAAUAGCUUUAAAAAACAAAUUUUGGUCCACAAAUUUAACCUGACAAUAAUGCUUCCAAAGUCCCAUGAUACCUUUUGAGUGCCUCUUAUGGUUUAUUGUAAAGGAUCCAAAUGGAAGCAGCUAUUGGUUUCCUGAAAGCAAAAAUGGCCUGCCUUUACAAAGUGGAAGUUCAUCCUCUCUGACUGACACCUACAGCUCAUUCCUGCCCUCUCUGCCAGAUAUUAAAGUUAGUGAACAUACUACACAGAUUUUGAGGAACAAAGACCAUUUGAAAGAACUCAUUAGAACUUCCCAGGACAUCUUUUCUGGGAGAGGACAAUUUAUGGUUAACACACCUUUCAUAUCAUAAUUAUCAUAGGAAAUAUAUUUUUAUCAUGACAAUGUUCCAGCAGAUGGUUAUAUAAUGUUUUGAGGACACAGGAGACACAAAGAGCUAUAUGGGCUGGUGGAAGCUUUGGGUUUCCAAGAGGGAGGGAGAGCAGGGCAUAUGAAGAGGAGAUGUCAGGGAGGGUAAUGGCAUAGAAGGCAAUACAUUCUGAGGCCCUCAGGCCUCCAAACCCAACCUUUUAAAUCUAAUGAGAGUAGGGUCAUUAUAUAUGGAAAUGAACACAGUCCACUAUGAAGAGCAUGUGCUUUUCAGAGCCAGUUAAAAUAUGUCUUUGCUACAGAUUCAUUUCAACAUUUCUCUCCCAAACUCUGCUCAGAGCUGCACACAUCCAAACCAAGCUGUACAGUCUGCUAACCAUCCCCCACUGGAAAUGCUUCUCAUGGGGUAGUGGAAGCUACGGACCACAGUCACUCAGGGCCUCUCCACUGUCUUCUCCAGGAACAAACUAUCCAAUCUCUGCUCACAAUGGGAGGCACUGGAUGAUUUGAACCCAGUUCUUGUUUGAAGUGACAAUUUUUGCUGUUCUUGUCAUUGUGAACUUAAAAAGUGUGUCUAUUCACUCAUUGUCUAUCAAAUAGGCCAUGUACUGACAUUUCUGAAACUAAAGGGAAACAUAAUCAUUCAACAAGAAAAUAGAAAAACUUCUUCAAUUUGUUCUUAGUGUAAGAACAACUAUAGAUGAAUCAUUUUCAAAGUGGACAAUUGCUAAUUAAAGAAAAUUAAAGAAGUUAAAACAAACAUUGCUCAGAGUGCAGUGAUUUCCUACAGGCAGAUUGUGGGUAAGCCCAAAUAUGGUGGUGAAUUUUGAUUUAGGCCAGGGUUGUCAUGGAACUUUCGCAGGAAGCAAGGAAGGGUAAUGAAAUCACACCAGAAUGAAAUUAUCUUGCCAUGUCAAAGCCCAAAGUCAUAAUGGAGGAAAGGGCUAGGAUUCCUUUGGAUCACCUCUGUACUACAGCACUGUGACUCUGGUAGUACCUAGGAAAAAGAAGAAAAGGCCAAGCCUGCCACCUUCUAAUUCUUAUUGGUGUAAAAAUGAUAUAGGGCUCCUCAUAGUUUUUAAUGCAAAAUAACAUGGGUUGGUUCACACAUUAAUAAACCCCAAGAUCCACUUUGUAGGACUAUUCAUGGCCUUUCUUAUCACUUUAAUAGGUAUGACUGUAACCUAGGCUGGUCCAAGAAUAGAACUCAUGCUGCUGGACAUAAAAUGGUCCAAAGCAUGCACGUGGCACAUAUGGACUAAUCAGAAGUCUCAGGAGAAAGAAAACAUAUUUCCCUUGGGCAGCGAAGGUAGGAUAUUGUAUAGCAGAUCUGCAUAAAGUUUAACAUCUCCUGCCAAGCAGAGAAUGACAGAGACCAAGAGAGAAGCAGGAACAAUACUGUCCUGCAAGCACAGAAUCAUAGUCCCGGGGAACAUUUUUUUGUUGUUGACCCUAAGGUUUAGGAUAGCUGCCACAAAGAAUAUGAUGUCCUUCCAGUCUUCCUGACAGAGGACAUGGGUCAGAGGAUAACCAGCCAAAUGGUAGGGAUGAUAACCCCACCCAGAACCAUAUUCCAACCCCCAGCCCCACAAGGAAGAAACUGUUCUUUGGAAAGGAAAACCAAGAGAAAUUUAUGGUUUGGGGGAAGGUUCUGUAUUCAGCAUUGCCUUGCUGAGCUUGAGUUGCAAUGGAGUGUCCAGACAAAUGGGCACAUAGACUAGUGUUCCCUAAGUUUUAAGUUGUACACAAAUCACCUGUAAUCUUGGUCAACUGUGGGUCCUGGCUUAGGAGGUCUAUGGUGAGACUGGAUUCUGAGUUUUAAUAAGCUCCCAAGCUUCUCUAAGUAGCAAAGAUAUAAACUAUUGGGAAUGUGGACUCAGAGGCCAUCACAGGGAUUGGGUGUCCUCAGAAUAUGAGCUAAAACUGGAGUCCUGACAGCAUGCAAAAUUCCUAGGGAGAGUCUACCCAAUGAGAAGGGAAAUGGCCAGACUUGAGUGAUGUGGAGCACCCAGGACAACAGGUCCCAAAGCAGAUGAGAAAGCCAGAGAAGGUGACCAGAGGAGACCAAGCAAUCAGGGGGGAAUGAGGAGAGCCAGGAAAAAUCCAAUCCUAGGAGUUUCUCAAAGGAAGGGCUCAGCAGCAUGAUCCCUACAGAGGUCAAGAAGAACAGAGGUUUGCUUAUUCUGAAUGAAUCGUAUAUUUCUCAUGUUAAAAAAUGGCUUGUUUUCUUGGGGGAAAAACUCAUAAGAGCUGAGUCUGGUUGACUCCAUUUAUUUUUUUCCAAAAUGCUAGGCAUCUUUCUAUAGUGUGGCAAUCUGGACGAGACUCUUAAUGAAUGCAUAGGGUGGGAAGUGGGGGGUGGCCCUGGCCACAUUCCCUCCUGUUGUCAUUGGUAAAAGAUGACUUGGUGCCUGCUUUCUAAUAAAACAGCUUGAUUAGCUCCA